GCAAUCUUCACUGGUACGUUUUGACAAUUUUAAGUGGGCUUUGGUUGGCGGCAGUCUCCACUUUCAUCUCUAUGUUGGGUUGAUUGUGGGGGCUAUCGGCAGUGGGUCUACUUUUGUAUGAGGGCGUGGAGUUCUUUGGGAUGGCAUUUGGUUCUUGGGUUGUUUACACGUGCAGGGUGUCAUUGGCGGGCCUUAAUUGUCGGGGUUUCCGUAUUCCCGUAACGUUACAUCUCCUUUACAUCUCGCUUCUUCUGCUACCUUUGUCUGGGCAUUUUGUUUUACUAUGGCUCUUGUGCUUACGGAAAUGCUUUUCGUUUUGUCUCUUACUUUUUCAUUCCUUUCCUUUCCUUAUAUCCUUGAGCGGUGUCUUCAUUGUCUCGUUGUCUGUUGUCUUUUUUUUGGGAGGCGUUUACUCUGUUCAAGUUUCCUACUUCUCUAGUUGAAAGGCUUUUUAUACACCUCUUCCGUUCCUUUCCUUUCUCUUUUGUCUUCUCUUUUCACCUUACCUCUCCG